CAAUUAUGCAUGUAUUAUACUUAAAAAACUUAGAUAACCUGGAAUACCUCUCCCUAAAAAAAAUCGGUUCUCAUUAAUUCGUCAUAAGUCGACGUUGUUUAAGAUCUUUUAGUCUCAGUCUGGAUAUGUUCUGUUUAUAUUAUGUAUGUACUCAAUAUAUGAGUACCUAUGUCUGUCUGUUAUAUAUUGUCUACUACUCGUAUUGGCGUUGUGUGAGUGUGAAUGCUUACUCGUAUUAAAACUGUGAUAUCAUCUAAAACAUUUAAGGACAUUAAAUGCCAAACAGAGCAAUUUCGUUUGAAUUGAAAACUUGUAACGUAUUAAGUUUGAUAAGGAUUAGUACCAUAUCAACAAAAACACCUUUAUCCCUUACAAAGUUAAAGCUAAAUUUAAAAGAUAGACAUAUAUGGUGUGGCGGAUUUUUACAGAAACUUUUAACGUAUUCAAUAUUGUAGUUCAUGAUUUUGAAUCUCUUAGGGUCAGGCUAGUUCUCAAGGAAAUUAUAUCAGUAUCUACAUUAGAAGACUGUAAAUUUAUUAGUGUUUCUCUACUAUAUUAUAAGUACCUACUCGUACAUACGUAUACACGUUCUAUCUAUCAAAAAUACCGCAUCAGAAUAUUUCGCGUAGUUUUAAAGAUUUAAGCAUGGGAACACAGGAGCAACUUUGUUAAUAACGCGGUAGUUAACUUUGUUAUCAGUGAAAUUGAAACAACUUUCUGAAACUCAGGCACAGAAAUAGAAGUUCAGUAGUCCUUAGUUCGUAUGCAAACCAACUUAAAAACUACAAACACUAGGAAACUACACAUAAUCCUACAAAAACUAAAAAACAAAUGAGAUAUUGGUAAAACGUUAUUUAAUCGAGUUCAGCAUUUGAGGAAAACGGCAUGUAUGGCAUUGCUUAUCACGUUUCUAUUAUUGGCACAAGCUGGCCUUGUAAAGGCGUAGUAAAAACGAAAAUUGACUCCAGAGAAGGCCGUCAAGUGCGCCGAGUCGGUGUUGUGUCCUGUAUUAGUGCCUCAUGUGGUCGUGUGUGCUGCUGGGCGCGCUGGUCACGCUGGGCGUGCUGGCGGCGCGCGCGGGCUCGCUGCCCUGCGACGAGCUGGCGCGCCUCCACCAGCACCGUCUGUCCCAGCUGGGUGAGCGCACGGUGACCGCGGAGGGGCACGAAGUGCGCGUGCAGCUGGUGUGGGACAGCGAGCCGGCGCGCGCCGCCGCCGCGCUGCUGCUGGUGCUGCUGCGGCACGCGCUGCGCUACCGGAACCUGCAGCUAGCGAGCGAGCCUACCGGCCUCGCCGACCUCAUCACACGCUACAAACAGAUCCCCAUGACCUGGAAUGAAACCGUGAUAGCUGUAUCGACAGCGUGGGAGCCGCGCCGGCCGAAGUGGAACGAGAGCGCGGCGCCAGGUCUGGCGGGCACGUGCCUGGCCGAGCUCGGCGCCAGCGACGUGCCCGCGCGCCGCGUGCUACUCGCGCGCCUAGUGCGCUUUACGAACAAGACGCAGGCGGCCGCCUGCAGCCAUCGCGUGCGCUGGUCCUUCUAUACCAACACUACGGCUCUCCAGCUCUGCGGCUUCCUCUACAAUUCGUCUUCCACUCAAUAUGGGGGCGAAAAGUUGCAAAAGCUAGAUUUGUACGGCGCGAGCGAGACUGUCCUGACCGAGGUGGUGUGCCGUGCUGCCGCCGCCGGCGUCGCCCUCCGCAGCCAGAUAGUGAACCGCACCACGCUCGCCCGCUAUAUUCGAACUGCUAAUCAUUCGUUUUUAUUUAUAGACUAUGACUUCUGGCAGGAAGACCCAAAUGUGUAUGUUGUGGAACCUCCCCCUUGUAUCUCAGACGAGUCGAUUUGCCGACAGGAACUGGAUACCGACAUUGCAAUACGUGUUGCCGAUGUUAAUAUGUUGCAGUCAUAUGAACCAAAUCUUAUACAAUUCGUUUAUGACUUUAAGCCUUCUCCUGAAUCGAUGAGGGUGAUACUUGAGCUCGAAGGAAACGGUACAAACACAGAAGAGGCAGCAUGCGCUUGGGCAGUGAAACAUAAAAGUCGUUUGAAAAAAAAAUACGACGUAUUGCCCUACAGCGUGUUUGUAUAUUAUUGCGAGGGCGAUCCCGAUUCAGCGGAAUACGACAAUCUUAUAAAUAUCGUCUCUCUUCAUGCUCAUAGACAAAUGAAGAAAAGUAACUUAGAAAUAUCCGUAUACAAGGAAUACAUCGAUUGUUCCGACCCGUAUAACCUGAGUUCGGCCAUGUAUCAGCAGAGCCAGUACAUGGAGAGGCACCGGGUGGUGGCUGUGAUUGCAGCAGGCGGGGCGGGCGCGGCAGACGCAAUGGCGCAGGCUUCGCGCCUACGAUUGCCGCUGCUACUGACAGACGCCGCGCCCGCCAGCCCCUCGGCCGCGCCCCCCGCCGCCUGGCGCGUGCUGGGCCGCCCGCGGCACCUGGCGCGAGCGCUGCAGCGCUUCGUGCGCGACUCCGGCUGGACUCGCCUGGCCGUGCUUUCCCAGCCGACGCCGCUGGCCACGGAACUCUAUGCUGAAAUCAGCGAUGGGGCUCCAUUCGCUCAUCAUAAUUACCAGAUACCAUUGCGACCUUCGAAAACAGAGGCAAAAGAUUAUUUGCGAUCAUUGCUAAUGAAAGCACGCAUCAUAUUCGUGAACGCGGAUCCCGAAGCUGCCGCCGUUAUCAUGACAGCUGCGAUAGAACUUGAAAUGAGCUUUGCCCAAGGUUACGUGUGGAUUCUCCGCGAGUGGCCAGUGGCGGCGGCAAAAACGACUGUGUUGACGGUGUCGUUCUGGGCACGCGGUGAACAGGGCUUGACGUUCGAGGCCAGGCAGGCGCCGUUGCUGAAAAAGCUGAGCUCGAAGUGGAAGGGCCGCCGCUGGUGGCCACCGCGCGCGCUCGGUCUUGCCGAUGCGCUGCUCACGCUUUAUGCCGGUCUCAGUCGCAUGCUGCGCACUCACCCUAACACGCGACGCGACCUGCACUCCGAUCACACCAUGACGGCGCUCUACGACAGCCUCGAACAGAAGCCCAUAAAAGGCAUUAACCAUAUUCUGCAAUACAAGGAAGCAGUGGUGGAAGAGAGCUUUGUAUUCGUGGACGAGUGGAACGGAGAUGAAUUGUUGCGGCUGGCGUCUUGGCGAGUAAACGCGAGUGAGCGCAAUGUUAGCGCGAGCGUGAGCGGGCCCUACAAGCGGCCCGAGUACCUUCCGCUCGACGACGGCGCAUCCAGCUGCAUGGCGCGCGUCGGAGACGACUUCGAACAUCACUGCUACGACGUCUUGUGGAUCACCGCGCUACUGUUGCUGAUUCUAGCACCGGUCUCAAUUUUUAUGUACCGCCGAAUGCUGCAGCGCCGGAUAGCCAGGCUAUUGAAAGCACGUGAAAACGAAUUACUGGCACGCCGUCAGCACGUGGCCGUUGUAUUGGCCGCGUACCUAGUGAAACGUGAAGCCUUAGAGUUAAGAGAGGAACUCGGAUCUGGUCAGUUUGGAUGCGUCCGUCUAGCACUUCUACGAUCAAAAAGCCACUGUUCUCGUUACGUAGCAGCAAAAGCACUACGUGAAAAUGCCGCACCCACCGAAGAGAGUGAAUUUCUACGUGAAGCAUGCACGAUUGCCUCCCUCGACCAUGAGCACGUCGUUCGUCUAAUCGGUGUGUGCAUCUCAGACGGGCCGCCGCUAGUGCUCAUGGAACUAGCAUUUUUUGGCGACCUACUCGGCUACCUGCGAGCUCGUCGCCACCUCGCCGAAGGCGCAGAUUGCGCAGGUCGCGAGUCCUUCGCGUCCUACGAGGAGGCGGCGCACGUGUCGAGCGAGGCGCUGACGCGGCUGGCGCGCGAGGCGGCCGCGGCGCUGGCCUACCUGAGCUCGCGCGGCGUCGUGCACCGCGACGUGCGCGCCGCCAACUGCCUGGUGGACGCGCGCCGCUCGCUGAAGCUGGCCGACUUCGGCAUGGCGCGCGAGACCGUGGCGGGCGCGGACGGCGCCCCGGAGUACGCCUGCCGGCGCCGCGGCAUGUUCCCCGUGCUGUGGAUGGCACCCGAGAGUCUCGCGCAUGGGGUCUUCUCGGGGGCCACGGACGUGUGGGCGCUAGGCGUGCUCGUGCUGGAGCUCGUGACGCUGGGGGCGCGGCCCUACGGCAGCAUGUCGCCGCUGCGCGUGCUGGAGUACGUGGCGGCCGGAGGAUGCCCGCCGCUGCCCCUGGACGCCACGCCUCAGACGUGCGGGCUGGCGCGGCUGUGCUGGCAGCGCGAGGCGGAGCGGCGGCCGAGCGCGGCCGAGGUGCACGCCUACCUGGCGGCGCGCCCGCUGGCGCUCAGCGCGGCGCUGCGCAACGAGUGGGACGAGCCCGCCGACGCCGACAGCGGCUUAGGAGAGUCUCCCUCCAUAGAGUUGCUGCCGCCGGACUCUCCCCUGGACAUGAUCGACCAGCUUGAAGUUUAACAUGAAAGUUGCCGUCUAAUAGUAGCUUACAUUUUACUAAGACAAUAUUACUUAUGUGAAAGUAACUCUGUGCGGCUAAACUAAAAUAGUAUAUUGAUAUCAAUGGAAUUUUGAUAGUUAAGCGCGUAAAAAAGGCUAAAAAGUAGGUAAGGCUACGUUUUAAAGCGAUUAGGUAUAGUGGAUUGAAAGUGGGGGAAUAAACACUAUAUAUUAUAUAAGA